AUGAUCGCCAAACAUUUUUUGAACUCGCACUGCAAUGACUCGCCGUCAACAGCAACAAAGGACUCUCGCAGGAAGUUCAGAAGAAGGCACUCCUUGAGCUACAAACAAAUUGAAGCCUGGGACAGCGAGGGCUCCGAAGAGGACAGAGUGGACAGAUCGGGAACCUGCUUCAUUUGGCUGAAGCAGAUGCAGAAAAAAAACACCUUUUUGCGACGUGGCAUUCGCGGGCUGUUCACCCGGGAGUUUCUUUUUGCAAAGAAUCUCUGCAUAUUUUGUCUUUGUUUGCUGACAAUGAAGCAACUUGAUUUGAUGUUGGCAUUUGAUACUGUCACAGCAUGGUUUGUGGCUGAUGCUAUCGUUCCCACAUGCAGCUGCGCGAGCCGGAAUCGCGUUGAACUUCCUGGUGAUUUGACAGUUAUGGAAGGAUCACCCGAGCUGCAACGCAUUGAAAGAGAAAUGGAGGCAGCAGCGAUGGAGCGAGAGAACUGGCAGAAGCAAGUCACCACAAUGCUUUACAAUGCAGAGGUACUUUAUCGACAGAUCAACGAUACAGGACCUGACUUUGAUGGAGAACUAACAGCCUUGGACCAACAGCUUGGAGUCUGGAAAAGGAUGGCAAUGGCGUCCGAGCCGAGACCAAUGUCGCCGUGCGGCGAGACCGAGAGGAGCGAGACCAAUGUUCUCCAAGUUCUGGCGAGACGUGUUCGGACACUUCGCCUUGGCCUGCGAGAAGUUGAGAGCCGAUGCCUGCCCGGACACGAGCCGGAACAGACUUGGGCUGUCAACAGUGAGGCUCAUUUCGCCUCGUUGGAAGCGUUGUUGGAGCUUUCAUGCACCAGGCAGACCUUCCUCAGCGAUUCCGCGUUGCAGCGCUUGCGACUGCUGUUGAAGGCCACUGCUGAACGUUUGAGCAUGCUGCUACAGCAUCCACGGUUUGUGACCUGCGUUCUGCGUGGAGAAAACUCGGGCGCUCGAGAAAGGGCAGCUCGAACGCAAGAUUUUGAUUGUCUUUGA